GCAUUGGCUUCAGGGGGGCACCCCCUCCCGGCACCAGGCUUCCAAUGCCUCCCCCCCCCCCCCGCAGUGCCUUCACCCGGCGCCCUCAAAAUGUCCCGCGCCCCCGGAACCCUGGGGGAACUCCCUUCCCCUGGAGUUUAGUCCAGGCGUGGCGCGGGCCCACACCCCCUUGCCGGACUCACUGGGUUUGGGGGAAGGGGAUGGGAGGUGGCCCUGGAGCCCGGGCCCUGCCCCGAGCCCCCCACCCCGCGAGCCGGGAAAGCUCGCGUCUGUUUUCCCGGCUCCUGGGAUACGGUGGAGCCCCGCCCCCGGACUGGGACCGCGGCGUGCGUCCCCUGCGGGUCUGGGGAGAGGGGCCGGGCCGCCACCUUCUGUCCACAGGUGCUGCAGGCCGUGAGCACGGGACGCGCCAUGGGUUCAGACGUCUGGGUCGGUCCUUGGCGGCCGCACCGGCCCCGCGGCCCCAUCGCGGCGCUGCACAGCGGCCCGGGGCCCAAAUACAAGCUGCCCUCCAACACGGGCUACACUCUGCACGAUCCGUCGCGGACCCGCGCCCCGGCCUUCACCUUCGGCCUCCGCCUCCCGGCGCAGCAGACCUCGUUAGGACCCGGGCCCAGCCACCUGGUGCCGCCGCGCAUGACCAUGCGCGGCCGCGACUGCACCCCCGCCUACUCCAUCCAUGGCCGCCCACGCCAGGCCGCGCCCAGCCUCACCCCCGGACCGGGCAGGUACUUCCCGGAGCGAGCGGGGAACGCGACAUACCCCAGUGCGCCUCGGCACACCAUCGCCUCCAGAACCUGGGGCGCCCACACGGAGCAGCACACGCCAGGUCCGGGGACCUACACUGUGCCCUCGCUCCUGGGCCCGCGCGUCAUCGGUAAAGUCUCGGCCCCAACUUACUCCAUCUACGGCCGCAGCGCGGUGGGCAGUGUCUUCGAGGACCUCAGCAAGCAGCGGAAGCCUGGAGGCUGGAGCUUCGGGAUCCGGCACUCGGACUAUCUGGCCCCGACCGUGGCCAACGUGCCCAACCGGGAUGACUGAUGGGCCGACGGGCGCGGCGCCACCAACAUCUGCUCAAAGCUUCCGGAGCCAGA